AUGCAUCAUCUCCAGGCUUUCCCUAGCAUCAGCGAGGCAGAGUUCGCCGAUGCUUGCGCAGCCAUUGAAGGAAGAUGCGCUGAUCGGUUGGCCGAUACCGACUGGCUGAGCGUAAAAUGGUCAGGCUCGGAGCUUCUCAUCAAACAACAGAGAGCCUUGAACCCAGUUCGGCCUGGGCUUGAUUGCGGGGACGACAAUAUCACGGAAGAACUUGUGGAAGAGCCGGUUGAUGGUGAAACUCUUUUACAGCGACAUCAAGAUUCCAAUAGCUUAAUCAUCGAUUUCUCUGUCACUUUAUCACCGACGUAUUGUGUUCCAAUGCUAUGGUUCUCCGGCCGACGACAAUCCGAUGGAAGACCAUUCAGCCUUGACCAGGUAUAUGAAUACCUAGUUCCUUCGGCAACGCAUACAACACUGCGGGGCAUCAGCGUGAUGGGAGGUAUCAGCAUGACACACCACCCAGUCUCAGACUUGCCCGCAUUUUUCAUACAUCCUUGCAACACUCCAGAAGCACUUUCUGUGCUUGCUGACGGUGCUGCACUGAUUCCAGAGGAUUAUUUGAUCCUUUGGCUUGGCUUGAUUGGUUCUGCUGUGGGUCUCCACAUCCCCAGUCAGUUCCUCGUCGUCGGACGAGAG